UCUAUUCAUUGGUGAAAACCAAUAAACGUGACACGUAAUCGUUCAGGAUAGUAUAAUAGAACUAUAUUUUCUAUAAUUGAUCUAUUUCAUUUAUAUUUUCGCUGUUUAUUGUUUGAUUUUCACAAUUACAAUUUAAAAAUGCCUUCCUACAAGUUGACUUACUUCGCAGGUAAAGGAUUGGCAGAGUCAAUCCGUUUUAUUUUCAGUUAUGCUGGAGUUGAAUUUGAAGAUGAUACUUUCGACAGUAAUGAUUGGCUAACUAAAAUUAAACCGACUACACCUUUUGGACUAGUACCCGUGUUGGAGGUUGAUGGAAAGAAAGUUAGUCAAUCUGUUGCAAUCAGUCGUUACUUAGCUAAACAAUUUAAACUUACUGGAAAAGAUGACUGGCAAGAUUUAGAGAUCGAUGCUACCGUCGAUACUAUCCAUGAUCUUCGUGCAAAAAUUGGUGCUUAUUUUUAUGAAAAUAAUGAUGAAGCGAAAGCUGCAAAAUUAGAGGUAGCUAAAGAAACAGUAUCGUACAUUUUGGAACGUUUGGACGCUCAAGUAAAAAAGAAUGGUGGUUACUUCGUUGGUGGUGCUUUAACUUGGGCAGAUCUUACUUUUGUUGCUUUAUUGUAUUAUCUUAACUACAUGAUGAAAUCUAAUAUCAUUGAGAAAUAUGAUAAUCUCACAGCAUUGCAGGAUAAGGUUCUUAAUCAUCCAAAUAUCAAAAAAUGGAUUGAGAAGCGUCCUAAAUCUGAAUUCUAAAUUUCUUAUUAAUUUCCUAUUAAUCGUACAUAUAUAUAUAUAUUAUGAAAUAAAAAACUUAUGUAUUUUUCUAUACUUAUGAAAGAAAAAAAUAAAUAAUUAUAUACAAAUAUUGAUUGUAAUUGUUACAAGAGAAUUUAUGCGAAGGUGAUAAAAGUUUUUCAAUAUUA